AUGUUUAACACAAAAAAUUCGUUACUAAGAAAGAAAACAAGUAAAUCUUCAUCCAAAAAAGGAAACAGUUUAAGAAGAACUUUAACUCCUACCACAAAAAAGCAAUAUCAGAGGGACCUAGCUCAAACUGUGACUUUAGAAGAAGUUCACCUAAUUGUUAAAAGAUGUGCUGAUAAAGUACGUUUACAUGUUGUGGAUAUAUUUAAGCCGAUGCACAUUGGCGAUAACGCCAAUGAGGUCAGAAGACUUAUAAGUUGUUUAUUACGUGAAACUCGCGCACAAUGUGAUGAAGAACUCGGAAAAUUGGAUAUUCAUACUAUAGUCUCUGCUAUGAAAUGGGCUUUAAGACAUUGUGUUACAACUAUUGUCCCAUAUCAAUUCUACGAAGAAUUUGUAACUGCUGAAUCACACAUAAACAAUAUGUCAGCUGAACGCUUAGUUAAGACAUUGGCCCUUUGUAUUCUGGGCAAUCAAGAUAAGCCACUUGAAGGUUUUGAAGAAGCCUAUAACGAGUGGUCAAAAUGCUCUCAAGCUUGUCUACACUUAUUCCUGGCUUAUCUUCGUGAGAAAGCUGUCACUACCGAAUUAAACCCACGUCUCACUAUCUUGAUAGACAAUUAUGUUGAAGAUAGAAAAAAAUCAGUCGCAUCUGUCUACUUUAAAGCUCCUAAUAAUGAUGAUGGAGAUGACGGAAAUUAUGUAACAAGAGAAAUUCCAACAAGAAAAUCAGAAGUUAACCGACAAACGCGUAGCUUUACUACACUACUUCCUGAUAUUAUGGAUAAUAUGAAACGUAGAACAAUAAUAAGACCUAGUACAAUUAUGACAGUUGCGGAGAAAAAAUCAGCCGAGGAAAUGUGGAUAGAAUUUCAGGAUAAAGGCAUUGGAGCAUUAUCUGACGAUUUUAUAAAGCUUUUUUUUUCAUUAGAAUCUCGCGCCGCAGAAGUUAAACUAUCACCAAGUCGUACUGAAAAACAAUGGGGUUCUUUUAGAACAAAAGGGUUUCAAAGUUUAUAUUUGGAACCUUUAUCAGAAACCAAAAAUAAUGAAAAAGAAAAUGAUUCUGGCGUUUCUUUAAGACAAACUGUUGUUUGGGAUAGUUUUUCUGAAAAAGGUUUUGAAGAAUCAGAUGUUUUAUCUUUAGUUUCAUCACUUGGUCCAGAAACUUUAAUCAGCAAAAAGAAAUUUGUUAAGUUUCGUUCCUUAAGAAGAACUAGAUCUUUAAGUCCAAUCAAAAGGUUAGCUGCUUUAGAUUUAGAAGAAGAUUGGGAGGAUUGGGAUAUCAUUGAUAGAAGAGAGGAUUUACCUAUUACAACUCAUUUGGCAAUUGAAACAAUUGAUGAAAUCUUCCCUUAUGUAUGGAUGGAAACAACUGUUGAAGAUGAGGGUGAUAAAUGGGGUGAUUGGAUAUUUAUUGAACCAAGAAAUGGUUUAAUACACGAGUGUGAAUGGGUGAUGAUUGAGGAGAAGGCUCAGGUUUUCUCAGAAUGGGAGAAAUCUUUUUCAUAUUCAAGAAGAAGAAAAUUGAGUGCUCUCAGUACAUUUAGUAUACCAUGGGUUAGACCUGGUGCUGCUGGUAAAAAAUCAAGACCUGUCAGUAAAGCAAGCACUAGAUUUUCAGUGGCCUCGACAAUUAGAAGACCUGUACCUGCAAUAAUGGCAAUGUUUGAUAGAUCAAGACCUGAUGAUCAAGUGUUUGCCACAAAUUACAAGUUUCCACCAAAUGCAAUUAAAAAAUAUAAAAAAGAAGAAAAAAAUGAGUCUGAGGAAAUUAGAGUUUCACGCAAGAUACGUAAAAAUAAUGAUUCAGUUAUUGUACAAUAUGAAACUACAAAAACCAAAUAUUCUCAAGUUCAAUACACAUAUAAAGAAGGAGAACAAAUGGGUUAUGAAGAAGGUUAUGAAGAAGGCUAUAAAGAAGAUUAUGAAAAAGAAAAUUACAGUGAAGGAUAUUGGGAGGAAGAUGAAUACGCACAAUACUAUCCAUCAAAAGAAUCAUCAGCAAAAAAUUCACAAUAUUCAGAAAAUGGUUAUAUUAAUCAAUAUUCACAAAAUGAUAUACCACAACUACCUUCAACUACAAAAGGAUACAAUAACUUUGCUCAAAGACAAAUGAUGAAACAAGGUGAAUUAGUACCAUCACAAUAUCAGCAACAACAUCAACAGCCAUUAGUAAUUGGGCUUGAACAUGGUGAACGGUUUCUAAAUGAUUACGAUUUGACAUAUUCUGUUGUUAAUAUCCGACUUUGUGGAUGUCCAACAGCUGGAAUUAAUAGGAUUAAAAAUAUUUAUGAAAGAUGA